AUGUCCAAGCACCACACUGAUCUCCUCAUGUGCCGCCGGCAACCUGGCGUCGCUAUCGGGCGCGUCUGCGAGAAGUGCGAUGGCAAGUGCCCUGUGUGUGACUCGUUCGUGCGACCCAUGACACUCGUGCACAUCUGCGACCAGUGCGCGUUCGGGCAGGGCGGGACGCGGUGUGUCGUCUGUGGAUCGCAUGCUGUUUCGGACGCAUACUAUUGCGUAGAGUGCACGCGGCUCGAGAAGGACCGCGACGGGUGUCCGCGUAUCGUGAACUUGGGCGCAUCACGAGUCGACGCGUUCUACGAACGCAAGAAACUCGCAACACAAGGCGGCGGGUUCAAACAAGGGUAG